AUGCCUCUCAAACGAGAAGCUGAGCCGUUCAUCAAGCCCGACCCAGACGCGAAGCGCGUCAAAAGGGAGGGUGGUGACGACAACUUUAGUCUUUCAUCGAUUCCAAUGGCACCUCCUUCCGCCGCCUUCGCAUCUUCGAACUCUUUCACCAUCGCUCCCAAGACCGAGGUCGGAGAUCACAAGCCUCUCAGUCUGGCUCCCAAUUAUGGCGGAGCCACUCUCAACAACCGCAAGAGAAAGUUCGGCAACACCAUCAAGGCUUGGCGCGGUAAUGUCUGCGUCUCGGCCCAUUUCAACAAGAGGAACAUGGAGGUGGAUUUCACGAUUCGUGGCACAUAUCCGAAGCAGUGGCCCUCCAUGGAAGUGGAGGCCGAGAUUUUCGAGAGGCUCAAUAAAGCCAAGUUCGAGAUUCAGCCGGCUGAAAACUGGGGCUUUCUCGACCGCAAGGUCUUUGCACAUUUAGACAAGGUCACUACUCCAGCCACGUUGAAUUCCAGAUGCACAGUGCGCGUCAAAGAUAUGGGCGUAAAGAAGGAUGAGAACUUUCCUCUUUACUUCAAAAAGGAGGAGCACCUCUCUCAAACAAAGAGCGAGCAUCUUGGUUAG